CAUUCCUUGUAAAGUGUCCUUGAGCUCUGGAAAGACGCCAUAUAAAUAAAAAUUAUUAUCAUCUACCUGUGCGAGUUGCAUCACUUCACUCCCAUUGAUGAAUUCUCUCGUGGGGCAUAGUAAGAUAGCGUAGCAUGCAUCGGAUGUGCACUUCAGAAUCUCACCGGAGGUAGUAGUUCACACUGAACUGAACUUCAACUUUGAGAUCUGGACUUUACUAGAACUUCUAUGUGAAGCGGCUUUGACACAAUCUCCAUUGUAAAAGCGCUAUAGAAAUAAAGGUGUCGGCGCCAACAGCCUAUUGGUUAGUGCGUCAACACAUAGCACUGAGGUGCUCGCGGUGACCCGAGUUCGAUUCCCGGCUCGAGGUCCUUUGAUGAUCCUUCUCCUAUCUCUGCUCCCCAGACUUUCCUGUCUCUAAUCUCCACUGUCCUAUCAGUAAAGGUGAAACCCCCUAAAAACACAAUUACAAAAAAGAAAUGAAGGUGAAUUGAAUAGUCGGUCAUCCGGGUACUUCUUGCGCACUGUUUUUCAAAUUCUGUUAAAUCAGACAUACUACUCCACUCGCAUACUGUUUUUAGUGUACUAUAUAGUAUGGAAGUAUGCGAUUUCAGACGCAGCCCUAGUAUGUAUCUUAUACACAGGUGUCGAACUCUGCACAGUUUAGUUCCAGGCCUAAUUUAACACACCUGAUCAAACUGAUUGAGUCCUUCAGGUGUGUGUUGAAGCAGGGCUGGAACUAAACUCUGCAGAGCUGCGGCUCUCCACGAAGUUUCACACCCCUGAUUGUGUGUGUGAGAGUGUAUCUGAUGUGUUGUGGCAGCUGUGGCCUAAUUCUUAGAGAGUUGGACUUGUGAUGGGAAGGUUCCAGGAUCGAGUCCUGCAUCCGGCCAGGUCUGCGGUGUGAGUUCACCACCCUCAAUACCACCCCCCAACUGCUCCAAUGGCCGCCCACUGCUCUGGGUGGUGAUGGCGGCGGAUGAGUCUCCAGCGUCUCCGUCUGAGCUCUCCGAGUGUUUCUCAGCAGAGGAUUAUGCAGCGGAGUCUCUGGCUGCAGAUCUGGACCCCUGGAUCACCUUCGACGCUCGUAAGACGCCGCGUGCCGAGUUCAGCAGCUGGCUCCAGUCCCAUCGGCCCUCCAGCGUCAGUCGUUACGGGGACGGGGAGGCUGGUGCGGGGCCCGUGGGCUGGAUCGCAGUGCGGGGCCCGGACUACAGUGAGCAGAGCGGGGACGUGGAGGGCCUGCAGGACAGCUGGGAGACGCUCCUGACCAGCGGACGCUCUGUCUCCUUCCAGAACAUCCGCGAGCUGGCGCUCAACCACAGCGUGCUGGAUGGCAAGUGGCUCAUGCACCUCGACACCGGCUUCAAGGUGGACCGAGCCUGGGAGAGCAUUGCCCGAGCCACAGUGCUGGACGGGAAGAUCUGGUCCGCUAAGGUGAGCCCGCGGGACCCUCGCUCCAACUCCAGACAUGUCAUCUGCGUCUACAACCAGAACUUCACGGAUGAGGAGCAGGUGGUGCGUCUGGACUCUGCCAUACGGGCCGCCGGGGUCAAGUGUGUGCUCUACUACAAGCCCGACGUCUACACAUAUCUGGGCAUCUACAGGAACAACCGCUGGAAGAUCUGCCCCACCAUCUACGAGAGCAUGUUUGACCUGGAGAGUGUCCCGCGCAGAUCACACAUCCUCAACAAGGUCACCAACCUGGAGCUCAGCUAGCUCUGCAGCGUUGUGGGAGCAUUGCAGGAGCAUUUCAGGAACAUUUAAGGAGCAUUGCUGGAACGUUUCUGGAGUGUUUGCUGAAGCAUUUUAGGAAUAUUUCUGGAGCGUUUCUGGAACAGUUUAGAAGCAUUUCUGGAAUGUUGCUGGAACAUUUCUGGAGCGUUUCAGGAAUGGUUCUGGAAUGUUGCGGAGCAUUUCAGGAAUGUUACGGGAGCUUUUCUGGAACAUUUUAGUAACGUAGCUGGAAUGUUACUAAAACUUUUCUGGAGUGUUUGCUGGAGCAUUGCUGGAAUGUUGCUGAAACGUUUCUGGAGGGUUUCAAGAACAUUUCUGGAGCGUUUCUGGAACAUUAGAACUGUUGCUGAAAUGUUAUUGGAGUUUUUGCUGGAGCGUUUCCGGAAUGUUUUGGAACGUUUUAGAAGCGGUGCUGGAAUGUUGCUAAAAUGUUUUUGGAGCAUUUCAGAAAUGUUGUUGAAACGUUUCAGGAAUGUUUCUGGAACAUUUUAGAAGCGUUGCUGGAAGUUGCUAAAACGUUUUUGGAGCAUUUCAGGAAUGUUUCUGGAGCAUUUCUGGAACAUAUUAGAAGCAUUGCUGGAAUGUUGCUGAAAUGUUUCUGGAGCGUUUCAAGAAUGUUUCUGGAGCGUUUCUGUAAAAUAGAAGCGUUGCCGGAAUGUUGCUGAAAUGUUUCUAGAGUUUUUGCUGGAGUGUUUCAGGAUGUUGUUGAAAUGUAAUGUUGCUGGAGCUUUGCAGGAGGGUUUCUGGAACAUUUUGAAGCGUUGAUGGAGCAUUGUUGGAGAGUUGCAGCAGCGAUUCUGGAGCAUUGCAGGAGUGUUGAAGGAAUAAUGCAGGAGCGUUGAUCAAGCGUUGACGGAGCAUUGCUGGAGCGUUCUCUUCUUUCUGUUGUGAUGCAAUACUCUGCAUGCAGACUUAUGUACAUGUAAAUACGCAGCCCGAGCGUUGAAGGGCUUUGACAGAUUUUUUUCUCAUGUUUGUUGGAAUUCUUUUAAAACCUUUUUUAUAUUUAAAGCAUACUUUUGUUCAAUGGUUCAUUUUGCCAAAUAAAUAAAUA